AUGGAGACUUUGGGGCGCUUGCUGUCCAGGGCAGUUCAUGGAGGCAUGUUGCAGGGAUUUGAGGUGGGCUCAGGCUCUACGUCUUUGCUGGUUUCAUAUCUUUUCUAUGUAAAUGAUGCUCCUAUAUUUUGUGAUGCGGAUGUAGACCAGAUUGGACAUCUUCGAUGUGUGUUGUUGUGUUUUGAGGCUAUGUCAGGAUUGCGGGUUAAUCUUUCAAAGUCUAAAUUGAUCCCGAUUGGGAAGGUGGCACGAUUAUCGAUUUUGGCAGCAAUUCUGGGGUGUAAAGUGGUUUCUUUGCCAGUGUCGUAUCUUGGACUUCCUUUGAGAGCUUCUUUCAAGGCUCGAGAGGUAUGGGAUGGAGUGGUAGAAUGGGUGCAACAGAGAUUAGUUGGUUGGAAACGACAAUAUUUGUCAAAAAGAGGGCGGCUUACCUUGAUCAAGAGUGUCUUGUUGAGUAUCCCGACUUAUUUUAUAUUUGUUCAUGUGAUUCCCAUGGCCGUGGCAAAGAGGAUUGAGAAGUUGUAG